AUGGCGACCGCCUCUAUCAUAGCAUGCUCAGCGCGAGCGCCAUCGAGCUGUCUCGCGGCGCGAUACUCUUCAGGAGGCGCGCGCCGCGUUUCGCUCGCAGGCCGCGUUUUAGCCACCCAGAGCGCGCUCCCGCCGUCCGCCCGUCACUGGGCGCGCAUUUACCGGACAGGAGCGCGAAGAAUCGAUAGAUUGAACGAUAGUGCCGCGCAAAGGCUUGCGGUUGCGCCGAUUGCGCCUGCUACUACCUCUGUCCCGCCCGUCACCCGCAUCGCGUCAAUCACGAGCCAUAGUUGGCGGCGAAGGUUCCUUGUUCCUUCGGCAAGCACCGGAUCUGCUGCUGGCGCGGGUGACACAGACGCGGGUGACUCAACCGAAGGGAGGAAAGAAGCGGAGAAACCCAAGGCAGUGGAUCCAGAAAUCGUGGAGGCCGGGAAAGAGGGAGAAACGGGUCCCCGUUCCCGAGAUGCUGACGUGGCUAGGAGUGCUGACGUGGCAGGGGAUGCUGACAUGGACCUAGAGGCGCUGGCUCGUGAGCUGAACAUGGAUCUGAAGGAGGUGCAGGAGGCGGAGAGGAUGUUCGAAAGUGCCAUGUCAGCAGUUGCCUCGCUGGAAUCGUUAUCUGCCAAGUUUGAUCAGAUGAUUCUGGAAACUGCUGCUGCUGAGUCGGCCGAAUCAGAGGAUUCUCGCAAGGGUUUAAGAGGGGUUUUGGGUGAAGGGGGUUUAGAGAAUGCGGGUUUAGAGGGUUUAGAAAGAGGAAUGAAAGAGCUGGUUAAGGAAAUUGAAGCCGCAUCGUCUAGGGUAUCGAGAGAAGGCAUCAGCAAAUCGGGGGAGGGGAGUGAAGAGGCGGAUGAUGAAGGUGCUGACGUGGACUUGGCAGGGGAGGCCAUUGCUGACAUGGAGAAUGACCUGGCGGAGCUGCAGCGGUCGGUGGCGGCCACGCUAGCUGAGCUGGACCGCACUGCCACGUCACUCACUCCGGAGCUUGGGCUGCAGGAAGUACUGAAGCUUAAGAGUUCCAUAUCUGCUGACGUGGCGCAGAUAGAGCAGCAGACAGGUGCCAUUCUCGGAUUGCUGAGAGAGGCCCAAGAGCUGCAGGAAGCUUCCCAGCAGCCCGGCGCUCCAAUGGGAGCGCGCCAGCUGGCGGCGCAGAGAGCCGUGGAGGCUCGGAACGCCAUGGCUGCGAUGGCAGGCUCGGCCGAAGCUGCGGCAGAGACGUUGAAGGCUUUGGAGCAGGAAGGGGCGGCGGACUGGGAUGGGAUGGGGGGAGUUAAGGGGGAGGCGAUCAGGAGGGCAGGGGAGGAGGUUAAACGGAGGAGGGGAGAGGAGGAGGGAGGAGGGGAGCAAGACGACGACGAUGAUGAUGACCGGCCAACCUGCCGCAGCGGCACGAGCCAGCCGGCCUACCUGCCGCAGCGGCACGAGGUGGCAGCCGACCGGGCGGAGCUGAAGAAAGAGCUUGCGGACAUGCUCGGCAGCAACGCGCUUGUCUGCUUACUCUGUCCUCGCCUCUACCCCCCCCUCCGGAGACCGGCCUACCUGCCGCAGCGGCACGAGGUGGCAGCCGACCGGGCGGAGCUGAAGAAAGAGCUUGCGGAGAUGCUCGGCAGCAACGCGCUUGUCUGCUUACUCUGUCCUCGCCUCUACCCCCCCCUCCCUUUCAAACCCUUCUCCAGCCAGCCAGCCUACCUGCCCCAGUGGCAUGAGGUAGCAGCCGACCGGGCAGAGCUGAAGAGGGAACCUGCGGAGAUGCUCGGCAACGCCCCAGCCAGCGUAACUGCCCCAGUGGCGCGAGGUUCCAGCAGACCGUGCAGAGCUCAAGAGGGAGCUUGCGGAGAUGUUCAGCAACGCCGUGCAGCUGUUUCAGGAGGGGGGAGGGAAGCAGGAGUCUCACCAGCCCUUGUCCCCUUACCCUGUCCUGUCGUCUCCUCUUCCCCUACCCAACCCAACCCCUCCUCCAGCCAGCCAGCGUACCUGCCGCAGUGGCACGAGGUAGCAGCAGAGCGGGCGGAACUGAAACGAGAACUCGCGGAGAUGUUCAGCAACGCCGUGCAGCUGUUUCAGGAGGGCGAUGAGGAGGGGGCGAUGGCUCUGGUGGCGGCUAAUGAGGCAGAAGUGAUGGGGCAGGUGGUGGCAGGGGAGGCGGGUGUGGAACAAUCAGCAGUGCUGCUGGCGCUGUCACAGCUGCUGCUGGGGAUGGGGGAGGAGGCCAAGGGGAGACAGCUGAUGGAUCAGGCGCUCGCCCUAGUGGCCUCUCACCCCUCCGAGCCGCUACUGGAUGAUCUGCUGGAGAACGCGGGGGACAUGUAUUAUGGCAUGGAGAUGUGGGAUGAGUCGAUCAAGAUGUACAGACGAGCCGUCAACGUGCAGAGAGAACUGGCAGGUGGCGAGCACUACCUACAGGCGUCCACCCUGUGCAGCCUCGCCAAUGCUCUAAUGGAAGCACAGAGGCACGAGGAAGCGGAGGAGGUGCAGAGGCGAGCGGCAGAGCUGUAUGAAGCUGCCAGGGGGGAGAGGUCCCGAGGGGUGGCGACGAUGCUGGUGCGGCUGACGCAGAUUCAGAUGGAGGGGGGGCGAGUGGAAGAGGCGGAAGGCAGCAUCCUCCGCGCCAAGGAUAUUCUGAUAGAGAAGGAGGGGCUGACAUCAAUGGAGGCGGCGAUUGUGGAGUUCACUCUAGCUCAAGUCAGGCAGGCACAAGGUCGUCCUGAUCUAGCAGUGGGGGUGUUGGAGAGCGGCCUUCGGAUCUUCGAACAAUCGGUGGAGCAGCAGAGGAGGAAGGGCGAGGCUGGAGACGCUGCUGAGCUGGCAGGAGCAGGCGCUGAGCUGGCGUGGGGCGACGAUGAGCUGGCGGGGACUCCCCGUGCGCUGGUGAACGCGCUUGGAGCGUCAGCGUUCCCGGCUUUCGAGCAGGCACAGAUUGAACUGAGCAUGCUAUAUGACAUUCUGGACAGGGACGAGGACGCGUGUGCGAUAAGAGAUAAGCUCCUCUCAGCAAAGGAGCUAGCCGUCGGCCCUCUCUCCGCAGCCCUCGUCCCCCCUCUCGUCCACUGA